ACAGUCUCAUUUAAGUGUAGCUUUGCACCGAUACCGGUCGUCGUCGUCGUCGUCUAGUCCUAGCCGCUGUCGAGGUCGUCCUAGAUCUUGGGCGUUGUGUAACUUGAAAAGUGGUGCCUUUGUCGGUCAGCAGCAUCCAGGAGUAGCAGCAGCAGCGGCGUUCCGGCGACUCAGUGGAUGAUGGUGUGGGUGUCCGACUACGACUUCGACCCGAAGGGUCGCAAAAUGAACCCGGAAUCGGUGUCGCAUUUAGAGCACAUGUGCUCGCUGGAUAUUGACACGCAGACAUCGUUCGUGCGGCUGUCCGGCAUCAUCUGUACCAUCGGGCCGGCCUCGGUGGCGCCGGAGAUGCUGGAGGAGAUGAUGAAGACCGGCAUGAACAUUGCCCGGUUGAACUUUUCGCACGGUUCGUACGAGUACCACGGCAACACGAUCAAGAACAUCCGCGAGGCGGUGGCGAGCUACUCGGCCAAGCUGGGCAAGCCGUUCCCGCUGGCGAUCGCGCUGGACACCAAGGGUCCGGAGAUUCGUACCGGUUUGAUUGAGGGCAGCGGAACCGGCGAGGUCGAGCUGAAGAAGGGCGAGAAGAUCGAGCUGACGACGAACAAGGAUCACCUGGAGAAGGGCAACAAGGACAAGAUCUACGUGGAUUACGUCAACAUCGUAAAGGUGGUGAAGCCCGGCGAUCGUGUGUUCGUUGACGAUGGUUUGAUCUCGCUGGUUGCGAACAGUAUUAGCGGAGACACGCUGACCUGCACGGUCGAGAACGGUGGUUUGCUGGGAUCGCGCAAGGGUGUCAACCUGCCCGGAGUGCCGGUCGAUCUGCCGGCUGUGUCCGAGAAGGACAAGGCCGAUCUGCAGUUCGGUGUUGACCAGGGAGUCGAUGUGAUCUUCGCUUCGUUCAUCCGUAACGCUGCUGCUUUGAAGGAGAUCCGCGGUAUUCUCGGCGAUAAGGGCAAGAACAUCAAGAUCAUUUCCAAGAUUGAGAACCAGCAGGGUAUGCAGAACCUGGACGCCAUCAUUGCCGCUUCGGACGGUAUCAUGGUUGCUCGUGGUGAUCUGGGUAUUGAAAUCCCGGCCGAGAAGGUGUUCCUGGCCCAGAAGUCGAUCAUUGCUCGGUGCAACCGCGCCGGAAAGCCCGUCAUCUGCGCCACUCAGAUGUUGGAGUCUAUGAUCAAGAAGCCACGUCCGACUCGUGCCGAAAUUUCGGACGUUGCCAACGCCAUCAUUGAUGGUGCCGACUGUGUCAUGCUGUCUGGUGAGACCGCCAAGGGCGAGUACCCGCUGGAGUGCGUACUGACCAUGGCCAAGACGUGCAAGGAAGCCGAGGCUGCCCUGUGGCAUCGCAACCUGUUCAACGAUCUGGUCAACACGACGCCCACUCCGAUCGAUACCGGAGCCUCGAUCGCGAUCGCUGCCGCCGAAGCUGCGAGCAAGAUCCGCGCCGCGGCUCUCAUCGUCAUCACCACUUCGGGACGUUCGGCCCAUGUCAUCUCCAAGUACCGCCCACGCUGCCCGAUCAUUGCCGUGACCCGCUUCGACCAGACUGCCCGCCAGUGCCAUCUGUACCGCGGCAUUCUGCCCGUGGUCUACGAACAGCCCCCGCUCGAGGACUGGCUGAAGGACGUUGACGCGCGCGUCCAGUACGGUAUGGAGUUUGGCAAGGAACGUGGCUUCCUGAAGCCUGGCAUGCCGGUGGUCAUCGUUACCGGCUGGAAGCAGGGCUCCGGCUUCACCAACACCAUCCGCGUUGUGAACGUCGAAUAAAUUCUCGCAACGUUUGCAGCUGAGAGUAUCUUCAUCUAACCACCUCCCACACACAACAACAACAAAGCUAAAAGUUACAAAGUGUUGUUGCAUAAGAUCACCAAAAAACAAAAAAGAAACGCAGAGGAAAAGCCGUACAAAAGCACCAACCCCCUUAAACUCAGACUCAUCUUCAAACGUACUGUUUGAUUAACCCUGCUUCUAUUUUAGAGAUUUGCUACGAGCAAAGUAAAACAAAUUGGUUUAGUUAAAAAACGAGAUGAUAAGAACUAAUUUAUUGUGAGUUGUUAGUCGCUCUCCCUCUCAUUGGAAUCUAAAUUAUUUAUUGCCACCCAAAAAAUUCCCACGUAAGAAAAACAAGAAGGCUAGCAGAGUUUCCCAAAUAUCCUGCACGUGUUCCGGGUCAACCUAGGUUGAGCCGGAUCAAGUACAAGUAGAAACGGAUCGACAAAUUUGUGAGUGUAUUGAAACAUAAAUGUUACUGAAUACGGAUAUAAAGAUAUAAUAAACAAGUAAAACAGUUGAAAAGUG